AAUUUGGGCACGUUCUUGAUUAAUAGAUGAAUAAACAAAUAAUGGAAACAAGCACGACGUACACCCAACGCCUAAGCUGGUUAAGAGGCUGUAGAUUUUCGACAGUUUUGUUUGUUAACCAUAUUCCAUAAAUCCAGAAUCCACUUUACUUUUUAAUCUAAAUCCGAACCAAUCCAAACGCGACCGGUCACGAAAUUGCUCCGUUUUUCUGAUCCUUCGUCACCUUCGCCCCGUUCGUGGAUUGUGGUUCUGUCCACAAUGCACCGUCCGAAGUGUGCAUAAGCGCAAACGUAGUCCGCUUCGAACUUACAGUGCCCAAACUCCUAGGACCGAUCUGUGCGCGCAAACGGGACAUGAUGCUGGGGUUCACUGUGCUCACGGGACGUGCACUCUGUGCCUCUCGCACAUCGCUCUCCUGCGUGGUGUCCAGGCGCUUCUACCCAGCCAAGCGAAAGCGCUUCUUCAAAAACGUGGGAAUCGUCAAGUCGGAAGGAAAGUUUGAGGUCUGCCUAGACCAAAGGAAGCUGAAGACCCCUCUCGGAAACCAUUUCACAGUUCCCAACGAGGCUCUCGCCGUGGCCGUGGCCACGGAAUGGGACGCGCAGCUCAAGGAGAUCAACCAGCACGAGAUGCACCUGACGACCCUGUGCAACACCGUGCUGGACAACCCGUCCCACAAGACCGAGGAGAGCGUGGCGGCCGAGAUUCUGGAAUUCCUCGAGUCGGACACGCUGUGCUACCGCAUGCAAGAGCCGGAAGAAUUGGCGGCGCUCCAGGCAAGUAGCUGGGAUCCCCUGCUCCGGUGGUUUGAAGAGAGGCACGGCGUGAAGCUGGACACGUGGAGCGACCUGGCCUCGUCGAGUCUCCCGGAGGAGACGUCCAGCGCCUUCCUCAGGCACCUGCUCUCCUACUCCCUCUGGGGACUCACCGGGCUCCUGUACGCGACGGAGAGCCUCAAGUCUGCCGUGCUGUGCAUGGCGGCCGUGAGUCGCGUCGUCGACGUGGACCAGGCCGUGUCUCUGUCGAGGCUCGAGACUGAGUUCCAGACGAGUCGCUGGGGCAGCGUGGAGUGGGCCCAUGACCUCGACCGGGAGCAACUGAGAAGCCGGGUCGCAGCCGCGCUGCUCUUUGUCCAGCUGACGGGGGAGUCGUCGAGCAUCGUCCACAAGGCCACGGCUGCAAAGGCUUGACUGCUGCGUCGACCGUGUCGGACUGUGCUCACCGUAGCCGCUUUGGAUAGUGAAGAACAAGUUCAAGGUUCACCCCAACGUCUAUUGUGGAACACUCCGAUCUGGCGCAGAGCAUGCACCGAUCCCGCGCGCACGUUUAGUUCGGCGUCAUUGGCGACGAGACGCUUCGGCGCUGCUCACUUAUGGCUAGUUCGCGAAACCUGGGACUGCUUACGACAGAUUGCCUGAACGCUUCUUGGAAAGUAUUACGGCGAGACAGACAAUGGUGCCAUCCGUCGAUGGCCGUGAAAUGCGCAACAUUUAUGUGUAUGCUUUUUUUUGUGUACAUCAUUCUUUCUUUUUGACUUAAAAAUCUUUUGACGAGGUGUAGAUAGUACAUACAUUUGAUCUAUCAAAUAGUACUGCAAAACUUUCACUGUAGUGAAACGCAGUUCUAGUGUUGCCUGGUAGAUGGCGCAAGCGUGCAAGUCCGUUCUCUCGCCGUAAAAGGUUGCAAGAACUCGGUCGUAAGCAAAUGCCUGCGAGUGAAUGUCCCCUUUGUGGUUCGUAUCGGCGACGUUGCAAUCUGGGUUAUUGGUCGCAAACGACAAGUUGGACGGCGUGUGCAGAAAGCAUGGCCUUGGAAUAAUCGUGUCCUCGAACCAAGACCGUCAAAUUGGACGGUCCGACGUUGUUCUUCUUUCAGGUGAUGGAUGCGGAAUUAAUAUCGGUAGUUACGUCAUAGUGUGCAUUUGGACAAUCAUGGAAGGCUGACCGUAGUGACGCUUCCUGAUUGUGCAUGUCCCCAACGGCAGUUGAAGGAGUGCUGGGCAUGCCUUACGAUGUCCACACUUUGCGAUUCGUUUGUCAACGUUAUUACCGGCGAAUACCGCAGUCUCAUUGGCUGCAGAACCAUAAUGAGACGACUUACCACAUCCUGCACUUAUUAAGCUGACAGCGACUCUAGAGACCUUGCUAUUUGGCGCCACUUAUGAUGUAGCGAUCCUGAUACAGUGGAAUCUCGUUAAUUUGAACCCGAGGGGUACCAAAACUUUGUUUGAAUAAUGCAAAGUUUGAAUUACCGGGAGUUUCCUUCCUAGAAACACAUAGGAGGGGACCUGCAUGUUAGUUUGAAUUAUUCGCAAGUUUGAAUUAAGAGGGUAUGAAUUAACAAGAUUCCACUGUACCCUAUUACCCUCUGAUAUUUUUGAUUGAAGUGUGUUUGAUAGGAUGUCGGACGGGACGUUGUCGCGGAUGGAAGAAUCUCGACAGGUGUAAACUGAAAAUAAAGGUUUGAUCGGCGAACUUGUGCCGGAAACAAAAAAAAAGAAUGAGCUUCGAAACAGCAGCAGCGAACGUCAUGGCAUUGGCGUGACAGCUGGCUGGAGCGGCUUGGAGAGCGAGCAAGUUGUCGUCGGUAGAGUGACUUGGGCCUUCUUUGAUGUGUCCGUCAGAGAUUAGUCUGUCACUCAGAAUUCCUACAAAAGCAGCUGUCCUCUUUCUUCUGCCUGUGGCUUUGACGGCACUGUAUGCAACUAGUGAGAUAAAGAACAAUCGCAUGUUUCCCUCCGCACGCUGAUUGGCUCACUGGAACUGUAGCCUUUGCCAUUUGUGAAGAAAACACCGCUAUCAGACGAGAUAAUAAGGAUAAUAAUAUGUGUUUCAUUUUGCAAAGAAUUUUGCACAAAUCUAACCUGCAAAAGCAAUAAUUGCUUUUCUGUGGGGCAAGGCUGGCCUUAGAAAAAUUUACUAGAAGAACAAUGAACAAUAGAAAAACGCUGUUCACCAUUAGCAAAACACUGUUAACCAUUAGCAAACACCUUUUUAUGUUAUGAAAACAAACCACCAUAUAUACAUGGUGAUUAAGUAACAUAUUUUAUUAUUCUAAAAUUAAAAAAAAAAACAAGCAAUAGAAAACUGUGUGCAAAUAGUAAACACAUGCUUUAUACCAUGCAAUUAAAUGACGAAUUCUA